UGGGUGUAUAUAUAGGUGUCUUUUGGUGAACCAUUUUGCUUCAUUGGUUUACUAAUUAACUAGCCAUGGCUGAUGAAUUCAAGCAUUUGGUUUUGGUGAAGUUCAAGGAAGAUGUGGUGGUGGAGGACAUUCUAAAAGGAUUGGAAAAGCUUGUUCAAGAAAUGGAUAUUGUCAAGUCUUUUGUUUGGGGAAAAGAUGCUGAAAGCCACGAGAUGCUAAGACAAGGUUUCACUCAUGCUUUCUUGAUGACAUUCAGUAACAAAGAUGACUAUACUACAUUUGUUAGUCACCCAAAUCAUGUGGAAUUUUCUGCUACUUUCUCCACUGUAAUUGACAAGGCUGUGCUACUGGAUUUCCCUGCUAUUUCUGUUAAAGCUCCUGCUCCAGCUUGACCAUAUGAUCAUUGUCACAAAAAAAUAAAAAAAGCUAGUUGUAUGUGUGCAUCUAUGUUUCAAUAUGGUUUGAUUUGUUUAGGAUGUUAUUUGGCUGUUUGAAGUUCAACUGUUCUAGUGUGUGCAAUGUGAACAAUCUAUUAUCUUUGCUUCCCAAAUUGUGGAUGGUUAAGACAUGUAAUCUAUCACGUCUAUGAAGUAUCUUGCAAUAAAGGCUUAAUACAUACUUCCCAAA